UUGUAGCCGCCAUCGGCAGUGUCGAUGGAUUUAUGCUAGCAGUCGAAUGAAAUUUUAACAUCCACUUGGCAAGAAGCAAGAUCAUCAUGUUGAAGGUUCUGCGAGACCUAAGGGGUCGAAAUUCUACACGACCUAUGGCUGAUGAGGCUCGUCGUAUGAACGAUUCUGACCAGGAUCGACAUUCCAUUGACAAAACUAAGGAGACGACCAUCUCUAGACCACAGCUAGAGAGGGAUGGUAGCGACAGGUCUCUUGAACAGAUGGCGAUGGUACCAUCACGAAUGUCGCGGGACCGAUCCAAGUGGAUUAUUUUACAUUACUCGCCCUUUAAGGCUGUGUGGGACUGGGUGAUUUUACUGCUGGUGCUUUACACUGCUGUCUUCACCCCCUACGCCGCGGCAUUUUUGUUAAAAGAGGACGAAAUUCGCAUGAAACUUAACAUGGCGCCAGGUUCAAGAAACACAAAUGCUGACACGAUUCGCAUCGACCCUCUAGUCAUCGUGGAUCUGAUGGUUGAUCUCAUGUUUAUCGCCGACAUCCUCAUCAACUUCCGCACGACCUACGUGGAGAACGGCGAGGUGGUUAGCGACCAGCAGAAGAUUGCCGUCAACUACGUCAAGGGCUGGUUCGUCAUCGACGCCAUCGCUGCCAUACCCUUUGACCUUCUUCUCUUUGGAUCUGGAACUAGUGACACAAUGACCGUGACUGGAGUUUUGAAAACUGCCCGUCUGCUGAGACUGCUGCGGGUUAUCAGAAGAAUCGAGGCUUUCGCUGAGUACGGCUCAGCUGUCAUGUUGCUUCUGAUGGUCACAUUCACACUCAUUGGUCAUUGGCUCGCCUGCAUCUUCUACGCCAUAGCUACAAUGGAGCGUCCACAACUGCACGCCCCCAUCAGUUGGUUGGACACUCUGGCUAAUCAGACCGAGAUGUAUUUCUACCCCAACGACUCCAUGUCGGGUCCGACGAUCAAAUCCAAGUACAUCACUGCCUUGUACUUCACCUUUACAAGUCUGACCAGCAUCGGGUUCGGCAACAUCGCUCCAAACACAAACAUGGAGAAGAUAUUUUCAAUCUUUGCUAUGAUGUUAGGCUCCCUGCUGAGCGCCGCCAUCUUUGGGAACGUGUCCUCCAUCAUGUUGAGGGUGUACCAAGGUUCUGACGAGUACCACGAGAAAGUUCAGAGCGUCAAAGAGUUUGUCAACUUCCAUCACAUCCCAAAGACUUUGGCCAACAGACUCCAGGAGUCCUUUCAGCACACUUGGUCCUACACUAACGGCAUUGACAUGAACAAUGUUUUAAAAGGCUUCCCAGAAUGUCUACAAGCCGAUAUUUGUCUUCAUCUCAACAGAAACCUCUUGCAGAAUUGUAACGCUUUUAAGGGGGCCAGCCCAGGAUGUCUGAGAGUACUGUCCACCAAGUUCAAGUCAACCCACGCCCCUCCAGGAGACACGUUGGUCCACCCGGGGGAUAUUUUGACGGCGUUAUACUUCAUCGCUCGUGGCUCAAUAGAGAUACUCAAAGACGAAACCGUCAUGGCCAUUCUUGGAAAAGAUGAUAUUUUCGGUGAAGACAUCAAAGAAAACAACUCCCUACAAGGCCAGUCCAUGUACUGUGUCAGGGCCCUCUCCUAUUGCGACAUCAACAAGAUCGACCUUCCGGACCUCCGGGAGAUCCUACAGACCUACCCCGAGUUCGCUGAAUCGUUUCUCGCCAAAUUUCAAGUGACUUUCAAUCUAAGAAAGGGGACGCUACUCCAGCUGCGAGCCAAGAUGAAGAUGGACGAUGAGACCCUGAGGUUUAUUCGUCAACGCCGACCUAGGCUGCAAUGUAAACGUCGCACCUUUGAAAGUGAAAGUAACAGAGCAUCGGCCAUGCGGCGCAGAGUGGGAAGUAUGGACACCAAGCGGCCAUCACGUGACGUCGAUUUCCUUUCAGGAAGCGACGAGGAAGAGAGAGUGGGUAUAGUGGAACUAAGCGUAGAUCGACCUACAAUGGAGGUGACAGAUGUCGAUAUGAGUAGGCCGCUUGAGCCGAGUAGACCAUUUACUCGUGACACGGAUGCCACAGGCGGGGAUACUAAAACAGUGAGAGGCAGACCGCAAAAUGAAGGGCCCGCACUGCUCGAUGAUCGGCCCACAGGCCCACCGUACCAAGACAUUGACAACAGGCUGGUCACCUUACAUGAGAGAAUGCAGAUCUUCGAGACAGAACUGUGCACCACAGUGGACGCUAUAUUAAACAUCCUGGGACACAAGCCACGGAUGACCAAGGACGCCCUAGACCAAAUCGCCCCUGUAUCCCCCGCUCCCAGGGGUCAGAGGUCAUGUCGGAAAAGAAGUUUUAAACUUGCAAAGUCAUCCAACGAAUUGUAGAGUUAAAGAACUGUGUGUGGCUUGACAGUAGCACGAUUGGAUAUUUUACAGUGUGAUAGCAAUAAAAAGAUAUUUUGCUGUGUAAUAGCAAUAAAGAGUCAAAGUUAGAAUGAGUAGAUAGAAUUACAACCUAGGUAUUGUAAGUUUGCCAAUGUAUAUAAAGAUUUAGAAUUUGAUAUUGUAAUAGAAAUAUGUGUAAGAUACUAGAUGCUAUUUAUUGUAGAUCUAUAAGAGUCAAAUUUUUUAACAUGUUUACAUUGUUAAUAUAGGAUUGUUCUGUGUUUUUCGCGUAAAAAUAAA